ACAUGCCUGGUCACAUUUAAUUGUUAUUCAAUUUAUGGACUUCUGUCAGCCCUUAUCAAGUAGACACCGUAACAAAUCAACACAACCAUUUGUUUGUACUUGUGCACGGAAAAUUGCAUAAUAUGGUAUCACCAAUUAAACGCCAUUGGAUUCGAUUGCAGUUGAGAACAAAGAGCCCUCGCGAUAUGUGGUCAAAAAUAUAUAUUAUCUGUUCGCUUCUAACAAGCACACUAGCACAAUUUCCAUUAGCCAUAACGAGAUCGUUAAGCGAUGGAGUUAAAAGUGCGGGAUAUAAAGUUAUAUAUGGUGAUGAAGAUUUGACGGUUCUCAAUGAGAUUGCCAAUGAAUAUGAAAAGGAAAAUGUCUUGAAGAAAGACCCCGAUCUAGCUGAAGCGUUACCUCCGCUCCCGCCUGAAGACGUGAAAUGUAUGAUGUCUGUUGAUAGGCAUUGUUCUAAAGAUAUGGGGGAAAUGAAAGCGGUCAUCAUACAAGCUAUACGCGAUGAUUGUAAAAAGUGUACAAAUAAUCAAAAGGAAAAAGCAGGGAAAAUAAUAGCUUCUCUGAUGGCUCACGAUCCCAAUGCUUGGAAGCUGUUCCUCACGAGAUUAGCGCUUGUCAUUAAGUCUAAUAAAUCACGCAAAGAAGAAAUACCUAAAACAAAAAUAGUAGGGAUCCCAGAAGAAAUACCACCUUCUAAAGAGAGCUACAUGUACCCUGGCGUUAGGGUCAGGGCCAGAAGGUACGUCGCUAAAAAACUUUAAUAUAUCUAUAAGUACUUAUUCGGGUCUUGCCCGUCAUAACAUCUGCAUCUGUGUGUAACUAGAAUAAGUAAAAUCUAAGUAAUAAUAAAUUAUGAAUUAGUUAUUUCGCAAUAUCGUUUAAAUAUUGUACGUGGUAUGAAAUAGAGGUAAGUGAGCAGUAAGUGCCACUUUAUUAAAGUCAUCAAGUUUUAUAAAUGUCAAAAGUAACUCAAAAAUAGACUAUGUAAUGACCUGUUUCACCGCUUGCUGAUAAAGUAUGCCUAAAUGUAACAUAUCAAACUGAUUGCCUUGAAUAUUGUUUUUCACAAAUGCUGGAUAUGGCUAACUGGCCAAUUAUUAGGUUAGUUUUAUCUGUCAGAUUACAAUAUAAUAUUUUAUCAGAAAGUUCACCACUUUCUGAUAAAAUAUUAUGAACACGGAAUAAAAAAAUUCAAUGGUGGUGAAGCAGGUCCUAAAUCUCAUUUUGUCUUUUUAUAUUCGAUUCUAUAUUUUAAAUUCAAAUUAAAAAAAGAAAGAGUUUUGUUGCUAGCAACUUC